AACAUUAUUACAGCCUUGACAUCAGUAGGGCGAGGUGUUAGAAGACUUUCCCGGCAUUCAUGGACGCCUUCUUUCUCUCCAUAUCCCCACAGUGCCCACUAUACCAUUCCAACCUACCGUCAGAGAGGGAGUUGUCGCAGAGGAGACCAAGCCCAUGGGAACAUGGAGAGAGAGAGAAAACCUCCACAGGAAGGAAUGCAGGAGAACAGGCAGGAUGGAACCUCCAGGAGCUGGUUCAAGGUCACAUUUCCCUCUGGCGUAAAAUAUGAUGAGAAGUGGCUGCAGAAUUUGAUCCAGAGCCUAUGCACUGUUCCCUUCAACCUGAUAGAGUUUCCCUAUCAGAAAAUGCAGGCCCAGUUCCUUGUGGAGAAUGCCAGCAUUGCCUUCGAGUUGAAGAAAGUCAGCAGCAAGAUUUGCAUUGAAGAUAAAGAAAGGAUAUCUAUCUUUGUCAGGCCCUUUACUGUACCCUACUCUGAGCAGAAGGAGCUGAAGUCAACAAAAGUGAAACUUAUAAAGGUAAUGCAGACUCAAGACAUGUGUGCACACACCCAGACCCACUGCUUCUUCCUUCACCAAUUUCCCCCUCCACCACCUGGCGUCAGAGUCACUGAUCCCUAUGCAACGAUCCAUGAUAUUGAAAUGGGGCGAAAUUUUGGAAACUGCAUGGCUGCCUCCCUGCAGAUCAUUGAAGAGAACACGCCCAAGCUUUUGUCCUUCAACUCGAGCAACAACACACCCCACCAGCUGCUUGGCCUGCCCGACACCAUGCAGAAGGCCCCCAACAUCAGGAGCCUGAACCUCUCCAAAAAUGAGGUAAAGUCUGAAGAGGAGUUGGACAAGGUGAAAGGGCUGGAGCCAGAAGAGAUUUGUGCAGGCAGAAACCCUCUGUGCACCACCUUCCCAGAUACACCCACCAACAUAAGCUCCAUCCUGGAAUUGUUCCCCAAGUUAUUAUGCUUGGAUAACCGCGAGGUACCCCCACCCAUUGUCUUUGGCACUGAAGCCUCCAAGAAGUUACCAGUCUGCAAGGGGAGCAUCUUCGGAUCUGAGACCCUGAAGAAUCUAAUCUUAGAAUUCCUGCAGCAGUAUUACCGUAUCUACGACCAUGAGAACCGGUGGGGUCUCCUGGGUGCUUACCACAACGAGGCCUGCUUCUCGCUGACCCAUCCCUUCAACCCUGAGGACCUGGUUCAAAGCUGGUUGGACAAGAAUUCCAAGGGGAACAGGAAUAUAAAGAAACUCAAGGACACUGUCCUGUGGGUUCAGUUGUUGAAACACACAAAACGUGAUGUCGUUGACUUCCUCAGUGUGUUGCCCAAAACCCAGCAUGUCGUCAGCUCCUUGGUGGUGGACAUGUGUGUCCACUCGGUGAGCACCUGCUUCCUCCCUGAUGCUGGCCCAGAGGGCUGAGGUGGGUAGGGGGGUUAGGGGGAUCCUGGGAGCCUGAGCUGUUUUACUCUUUCAGGAAAAGAUGCUCUGUUUUUCUGUCAGCAGGGUGUUCAAGGAUGGUGAGUGUCUUGUAAAGCCCUUUCACCAUGUCCCCUACUGCUCCCUCCCCCUGACAGACUCCCUCUCAGAACUCUCCAGACUUCCCUGAUCCCUUUCUGUCCUAUUCCCUCUGUGCUCCCCAGC